GAGAUUUAAAUUCGUUCCUCAUAACUGCUGCUGAACUGUUUCCCGCAGAAAAGCGUGUGUUUGUGCGUCCUCCUUUUAUUUUUGCAAAGUUUUUUUUACAACUGUUCAGUGCAAGCGCUAGAAGGCACGAUCGCGUUGAUUGAAUUCCUUUCAACGCCGAAGACAGCGCGACAGUCAGGCAGAAAGGGACGGUUUGGACGUUUUGCAGAUCUUUUUGCCACCACCAUUCGAAAAGUAACGGCUGUGUCAACGUCUCAGCCGGGCGCGAAACUUGUUGUUGGGGGUCACUUCCUAUGUGUGUGCGGUCUGAAGGCGUCUCGCAGCACGUUGGUGCCGUUGUUUGCUUGGGAUCGCUUGGAAAACAUCUAAUUUCGCGACACUCGCUCGAUUGAUCAAAGAAAGCAUCGGUUUCUACGUAUUGUGUCUACGGGGAGUUUUUUAUGCGUUUCUCGUCCGUUCGUACAGUGAGGUAACAAACGCACGUACAGCGACCGCACUUGCAUGUGUAUUGGUGACAAAAAAGCGGUGGCCGAAAGGGAUCGAAAAGAACGCAAGAUAACGGGAAAGAAGAGAAUCACGGGAAGAGAGCGUUAACGAGUUCUUGCAGCGAAGGGUACGCAUCGGGUGGACAGGAUAUCUGCUAAAAGUUAAAAGUGCCGUGUUCGGACAACAAGGCGACCUUUCUUGUUAGCACCGCAAGCGAUUGAUAACUACCAUCGGCGCCGCAGCUUAGCGUGGUCAUUUUGUUUGUGGUUACUGUUGUUGAGUGUAUCGAAACGUAAGCGUUCGGCCCCGCUUUCGUCCGCCAGCAGCCAACAUGAGUAGUGUCGCAAAGCCCGACGAUAAAGCGGUAGACAUACCGGAGAAGCUGUAUGAUGCUGCCUCCAAGCGGACGUACCGGCGAAUGCGGUUCUUCGGCAAGGGUGGAUUCGCCAAGUGUUACGAGAUAGUGGAUGUGGCCACCGGUGAUGUGUUUGCCGGAAAGAUCGUCUCGAAGAAGCUGAUGAUGAAACACAACCAGAAGGAGAAAAUGACGCAGGAGAUUUCGAUCCAUCGCUCGUUGAACCACAAAAACAUCGUCGGCUUUCAUUCGUUCUUCGACGAUCCGCUCAACAUCUACAUUGUCCUGGAGCUGUGCAAGAAGCGGUCCAUGAUGGAGCUGCACAAGCGUCGAAAAAUAAUCACAGACUACGAAUGCCGGUACUACAUGCAUCAGGUCAUGACCGGUGUAAAGUAUCUGCACGACAAACAAAUCAUUCAUCGGGAUCUGAAGCUUGGCAAUCUGUUCCUGAACGACGAGCUGCACGUCAAGAUUGGCGAUUUUGGGCUGGCGACGAAGAUUGAGUUUGAGGGCGAACGGAAGAAGACGCUCUGCGGAACGCCAAACUACAUCGCGCCGGAAAUCCUGAACAAAAAGGGCCACAGUUACGAGGUGGACAUUUGGUCGAUCGGGUGCGUGAUGUACACGCUGCUCGUCGGUCAGCCGCCGUUCGAGACGAAGAGCCUGAAGGAUACGUACAAUCGGAUCCGCAAAUGUGACUACCGGUUGCCUCCUACCCUGCGUAAUACGGCGGCGGAAAUGAUCUGUGCGAUGCUGCAGUCGGACCCGUUGAAGCGACCCCGCAUUCAUAAGCUGUUUGAGUUUGAAUUUUUGGCCGGAAGUCACAUCCCGAACUCGCUGCCAAUCUCCUGCCUCACGAUGGCACCGCGAGCGGAUCAGUUGGAGCAGGCGGAACGUAUGAACAGGAAGCCACUCUCGGAAAUGAACGGUGGAGAUGACACCCGGUUCGAAUCAUCAUUCCUGAAGAACAAUCUGCACGAUGCCAUCACUGCCAGUGGCAUGAUUUCGCGCCACAACGAUACGUACCGUACGGACAUUGAAACGUUGCACCGCGAGCUAACGAAGCUGUUCCUGGCCAAACCGCCCCGGCUGGCUAACAACUUGGACGACGAAAACACGGAUCCCGCCGUUCAGCCACUGUUCUGGGUAUCGAAAUGGGUCGACUACAGUGACAAGUACGGGUUCGGAUAUCAGCUGAGCGACGAGGGCAUGGGUGUAAUGUUCAAUGACACCACCAAACUGAUUAUGCUUGCCAAUGGACACAACGUUCACUUCAUCGAUAAGGAGGGCCAAGAAUCGUACUGGGACGUGAACAAUUUCCCACCGCAUUUGGAGAAAAAGAUGAAGCUGCUUACCUACUUCAAGCGCUACAUGAUGGAGCAUCUGGUGAAGGCCGGUGCCGGUGUAAUGAACGUGGAAAGCGAUCAGAUAUCCCGUAUACCUCACAUGCACACCUGGUUCCGUACGCUGUGCGCCGUUGUAAUGCAUCUAACAAAUGGCACCGUCCAGCUUAACUUUUCCGAUCAUCAAAAAAUUAUUCUCUGCCCACUGAUGCGUGCCGUGACGCUGAUGGACAACAACAAAAACUUCCGUACGUACCGGUUCCAAACCAUCAUAGAGCAGGGCUGCUCGAACGAUCUGUACACCAAGAUACGGUACGCUCACGAAAAGAUAAAGAAAUUGCUGGAAAAGCUUUCCUAAUUGCGCAUCGUGGCGUGUAUUCGUUACGUACGUACGGGUGCGCGCGUAACCAGGAACAUCCUUUUUUUUUCUUUUCUUUGCUAAGAAGCGCAAUUCUACGGCGAUUAAAGUGCAGCACAAAGGGAGCAAGAGAGGGAGAGCGAGAGAGAGAGAGAGAGAAAAUGAGAGAAAGAAACGUUAUUUGUUUUUUUUUUUUGUAUUGCAAAUAGGACACGAUAGGAAUUUUAAUCCAUUAACAAACACAGCAAUGAUCUGCACUCCUUUACACAUUAGCGUUACGAGCGGCAAGAUUCGUUCGAUAACACUACGUGGCCUGUCGAGCGGCUACGUUUUGUUAAAUCCAUCUACAAUCUUUAAUACGGUUUGCUUUUGCAACAACUUAUUUCGCUAUACCGUUUUUUUUUUUCAUCGAUAUAUGAUAAGCCCCACAAGAAUGCGCCGUUCGUGCCACCACUACUCUCUAUUCUGUGCCGUUUGUCCGUUUAAAAGCUGGAGAGAAGAGAUUGUAUAGUAAAAAAAAAAUCCAUUUCCGUUCAAUUGUACUUGUUUUAGUUUAAGCCAACCGUGUUGAACCAACCCGUGUGGAGUUCCCGGUUGCGCCGUGUAGUAAUUGUGUGAAUCGUUUAGUGUGCGUCCGCGAGUUGGGUAGUUAGUGGAGCAGAAGGCGUAGCGUAACGGUACAAUUUGAAGUAUUAAGAUUUUGGAAGGGAUUAGAGCUAAGGGUAGCAUCACUGCCGAAAAGUACGCGCAUUCACAAUCAAUUCCAACACGUAAAUAUAAAUACAUCCAACCCCAAAACCGUUACACGUUCAGGAUGGUAACACCAUGCGCCCUCCCCAAGCAACAAAUCCCUGUUUCUCGUCGGUCUCUGGUUCCGGUGAAAGCUGGUUUAGAAAAAUUGGGAAACUGCCAUACGAUAAUACUCUGUCGACUUCACGAAACAGCAAGUCCCCGUGCCUUUACGGACGAAUGCUUACAUCGAUUAAACGAGACCGAAUAGAAUGGACAAUAGAAUAGA